GAAAGGGACAAUUGGCUGUGAACUGAUGUCCUCACUGUGUUUCUGAAGACUUCCUUUAGUGAGAAGCAGAUUAACUUUGUGCUUGUUGGAGUUUCUACAGGAAGAUGAAGAUGUUUGUGGUGUUUGUGAUCCACGUGCACGUUUCCCAGCAUGCCUCAGCUGUGGAGCUGUAUGAGGGGGAGGAGUUUGUCCUGCUGCCCUGUGAGUACAACACUUUUGACAUAGACUACCCCACAGUGGUGUGGAGCCGCUGCGAUCUCAAUCCUCAAACCGUCCACCAGCGUCAGCAGGAAGGUGAUGAACUUAAAGACCAAAACCAGCUUUACAGCGGCCGAACAUCCAUGAUGACUGACGCUCUGGAAACUGGAGACCUCAGCCUCAACCUGACAAAACUCCAGCUCUCUGACAGCGGCACCUACACCUGCACCGUCAGUGCAUUGGGAGGACAAUGGAGAUUGUCAGACAUACGGCUGCUGGUGAAAGUUUCCCAGCAUGCCUCAGCUGUGGAGCUGUAUGAGGGCGAGCAGUUUGUCCUGCUGCCCUGUCAUUUUCCCCCAUUGGACCUGGACGAACCCACAGUGGUGUGGAGCCGCUAUGAUCUCGAUCCUCCAACCGUCCACCAGCGUCAGCAGGAAGGUGAUGAGCUUAAAGACCAAAACCAGAUUUACAGCAGCCGAACAUCCAUGAUGACUGACGCUCUGGAAACUGGAGACCUCAGCCUCAAGCUGACAAAACUCCAGCUCUCUGACAGCGGCAGCUACACCUGCACCGUCAGAGCGUUAGGAGGAAACCGGAAAGUGACAGAGAUCCAGCUGCAGGUCAAAGAACGAUUUCCACCCUGGGUCAAAGUUCUCCUGGUUCUCCUGGUUCUCCUGGUUGCUGGUCUUGUUGCUGUGGGUCUUUUGGUACAUUUCCGGCAGUAUUUCAUGUCAGUCUACCAGGUGGAGGUGGAUUCAGAGGUGAAGUCUGUCCUGCUGCCCUGCAAAACCACAGCUCACCUGCCUGAAGACGUCACAGUGGAGUGGAGGAACAGUUACAACAUGAAGGUCCACGUAUAUAAGAACGGCUCUGACCAGCCUGAAGAACAGGACAGUUUUUACAGAGACCGAACAGAGAUGAAGAGAAACCUGCAGAGACCUGGAGACCUCAGUCUGACCCUGAAAUACCCCACAGACAGAGACAGUAACACCUACACCUGCACCGUCUACAGCAGGGAGAGAGACAUCCUGAUGGAGAAACAAGUGAAGCUCUGGGUCAGAGUCUGUCAGGUGGAGGUGGAGGAGGGGGCGGAGUCUGUCCUGCUGCCCUUCAAGACCACAGAGAACCUGCCUGAGGACGCUGAGGUGAUCUGGAUCUGCGAUGAACCCAAACCCACAAAGACGGUCCACGUGUAUCAGAACGGCUCUGACCAGCCUGACCAGCAGGACCAGGUUUACAGAGACCGAACAGAGAUGAAGGAAGACCUGCUGAGAACUGGAGACCUCAGUCUGACCCUGAAAUCCCCCACAGACAGAGACGGAGGACGAUACAGGUGCAAAGUCUACAACAUGAAUGGAGACCUCAUGAGAUGGAAAUCAGUUGUUCUCAGGGUCAAAGAGAGAAGCAGGAACAGAAGCAGCUCCGCUGAUCCAACUCCUCUGAUGGCCGAUCAACCUGUUUGAUCUUUGAUCAUUGAUCCGAUCUGACUCUGGAUCAGAGAGAAAAUGGAGGUGAAGCAGCUGAUGGAGGACGGAUGAAGACAGGAGGACGCUUUGUCAGCUUCUUCUUCACUCUGACUCCUCCUACUGACUCUCACACACAGUCUACACACUCACUAUUGAUUCCUGCUGAUCAGUGAUGUCAGAGUGAGGUCAGCGUGAUGUCACAUGUUGAUCCGCUCUGGGAUCUGGACUGAAAGGUGUCCCUGUUAACUCAGGGUUUUCAUCCAGCUCUGAGUGUGUUGAUGUGAAACAGGACAACAACAUUAUCACAACCAUAAAGGGUAGAGCUUCAUCUGAGAGCUGCUGAAUAAAUAUUAGAUUUCAGAUGCUUCAGGAAGUUUUCAGCUGGCAGGGGACACAACAAGACUUUAAACCAGGACUCUGAGACUAAAUCCAGGUCGAUACAGGUUCCAGUAAGGACACUGGUCAUAGUCCACUGAAGCCAACCAGGUGUUAGUGACUGACUCUGAUAUAAUUUACUUUGUGUACUCUGUGCUUACCAGUGUUUUAGCUUUAAUGUAUCUGUUCUGUCUCAUGCAGUGUUUCUGAAAUCAGGCUUCAUUUCUCUCCAACUUGUUUCAAGAUUUAGACUUUCAGUUCAAACCAGGCUGAAACACUCUGAGCUGGUUUGAAGAGAAUCAGAAGUGUCUUUAUGAGAUGGGAGGUGUUAAAGACUGAAGAGGUGUGUCAAGCAAACGAGAGACUCUUGAAUGUCCUUCAGAACAUAAAAGCUCUCAAUAAACUUGAAAUAAAGUUGGCUGCAAAAAAAACCCCAAAA